AUGCCAGCCAUACAGACAUCUCAGUCUCUUCACGAUACUGAGAUUGGUGAUAUGUGCCAUGCUGUCGAGUUGUUGGAACAAGGCAGGACUAUCAUCUGGACCCAGAUGAUACAGCUCCGCACCCCUCUUGAUGGCCUCCAGACUCACGGCACUCAUGCAUUGGCCCUGAUGAAGAGAUUCAGAGACCUCAGCUCCCUCCUCAGUAAACCUCCUGUGAACUAUUCAGAAGGAAACCCAAGAGCCGACAUAGAAGCAGAGGAAACCUGGUACAGACGUCUAGUGGAGGAGUGGAAUAGAGCUGUAGAAGAGAUCCGGAAGAUUGAGAGCUUCUUCCGCUUCCUUCUUCCCCCCCUUAUUUUUUGA